UGAGAAUGACCCAUUUUAUAAUUGUUUGCAAAUUUUUCUGGAAGUAGAUAGGGAUGCCUGCACAGAGGCAUUUGCAUUGCACCUAGCAAAGACCAAUUUUUUUGUUUGAGCAUCGAUCCACAUCAAUGGCUUUCGUGAGAACAUCUCAAGGAACCUGCUCUGAUUCCAAAAAAAUUGGGGGUUAUCGCUACGACGUGUUCUUGAGCUUCAGAGGCGAAGACACUCGCAAGACGUUUACUGACCACCUCUACACAGCCUUGAACAACGCAGGAUUUCUCACGUUCCGAGACGACGAUGGACUUGAGAGAGGAAAAGAUAUAAAGCCAGGACUGCAGAGAGCGAUCCAUCUGUCACGAACUUUUGUUGUCGUGUUUUCAGAAGAUUACACAUCAUCCAGAUGGUGCCUUGAUGAGCUUGUGAUGAUCCUUGAACGCAAAAGGAUCCUUGAACGCCAGAGGCCUCCCUUGAACCAUGUAGUUUUACCAGUCUUCUACCAUGUCGAUCCGUCCCACGUGAAGAAGCAGACGGAAAGUAUUGGAAAAGCAUUUGAAAGACACGAGACAUCUCAAUCGCCGAAAAAGGUGAAGGAAUGGCGGAAGGCACUUGCAGAGGUUGCAGAUCUAGCAGGCAUGGUCUUACAAAAUAAAGCUGAUGGGUAUGAGUCAAAGUUUAUAAAAAAAAUUGUUAAAGUGAUAGGAGACAAGUUAAGUCGCACACCAUUGAGUGUUGAACCAAAAUUGGUUGGAAUCCAAUCUCAAGUCGAACGAAUCAAUUUGUGGUUACAAGAUGGAUCAAGUGAUGUUGGUAUAUUUGUUCUGUAUGGCAUGUCUGGAAUAGGGAAGACAACCAUUGCAAAACAUAUAUACAAUUCUAACUACGAAAGAUUUACAGGAAGCAGUUUCAUUGAAAAUAUCAAAGAAACAGCAGUUCGAAAUGGCUUAGUUCAAAUACAAAUGAAACUUCUUUAUGAUAUGAACGGUAGAGAAGUGAAAAUACACAGUGUUAGUGAGGGAAUAAGUAAGAUUGAAGGCGCCAUAAGCUCUAGAAGAGUUCUGCUUGUUCUUGAUGAUGUGGACCAAAUGGACCAAUUAGAUGCUGUCCCAAGGAUGAAAGAUCGGUUUUCUCCGGGAAGUAAGAUACUUAUAACAACUAGGCGUGAAAGGUUGCUAAAGGCACAUCAAGUUACAAAGGUGCACCAUGUUAAAACUUUGGAUUACAAUGAAUCAUUGGAGCUUUUCAGUUGGCAUGCAUUUGGCCAGGACCAUCCCAUAGAAGAAUACAUGGAGCAUUCAAAAAUGGCAGUGCAACAUAGCAGCGGACUUCCAUUAGCUCUAAAAAUUUUGGGUUCUUCUUUGUCAGGGGAAAGUAUAGGUGUAUGGCAAAGUGCAUUGGAGAAGUUGAAAGUUUUUCCUAAUGGCGAAAUCAUGAAUAAACUAAGAAUAAGCUAUGACAGUUUACAAGAUAACCAUGACCGGAAACUAUUCCUCCACAUUGCUUGUUUCCUAAAAGGAAGGAAAAAAAACUACAUUGUUAGAAUACUCGAUGAAUGUGAUUUCCAUACAACCAUUGGCAUUCAUAAUCUCAUUGAUAGAUGCUUAGUGACAGUUGAUGAAUGCGGCUGGGUGAAGAUGCAUGACAUGAUUCGUGGCAUGGGGAGAGAAAUUGUUCGCCUAGAAUCAGAAGAGCCUGAGAAACGUAGUAGAUUAUGGCGCCAUAAGGAUUCUCUCCAAGUAUUGAGGGAAAAGAAUGGUUCACAAACAAUUCAAGGUCUUGUCCUGGAUAUGCGUAUGCAUCCUGCAAACAGUCCAAUAAACACAAAUGAGACAGCCUUGGAAACCAAUGCAUUUGAAAGGAUGCACAAAUUACAAUUACUCCAUCUUAGUCAUGUACGACUAGAUGGAUGUUACGCAGAUUUCCCUACUGGGUUAAGAUGGCUGUGUUGGCUUGAAUUUCCUUUGGAUUCUAUACCUAUUGAUUUUCCUUUGAAGUAUCUAGUUGUUCUUGAAAUGCAACAUAGUAGCUUGAGACAAGUCUGCAAAGGAACAAAAUUUCUUCCAUCUUUGAAGAUCCUUGAUGUCAGCCAUUCUCAUGGCCUCACUGAAAUUGUGGACUUCUCACUUUGCCCCAGUCUAGAAGAAUUGAUUAUUGUAGAUUGCACAAGCCUAAUUGAUGUUCAUGAAUCCAUUACAACCCUAGAGAGACUUGUGUACUUGAAUAUGAAGGAUUGCAAGAAUCUUAGGAUGCUUCCGAAGAACAUGUGCAUGCUUAAAUCACUUGAAACACUCAUUUUAUCUGGUUGCUCAAAUCUUGAUGAAUUUCCAAUGGAGAUUCUGAAGAAGAUGGAGUCUCUGAAAGUUAUUGAAAUAGAUGAAAUUCCAUUAAGUGAAUUAUGGCCAGAAAGAAGUUCAAGUAUCUUGGGUUCUUUUCCUUACUCUUUAGUAAAGUUAAAUCUCAGUGGGUGCAACCUUUCUGAUGAUGCCUUUCAUAGGGAUUUAAGUAACCUAUCCUCGUUGCGAACAAUAAAGUUAAAUAAGAAUCCAAUUCGUAGUCUGCCAGUUUUCAUCAAAAGUUUGAGGAGGCUCGAUCAUCUCUCUUUCUUGAGCUGUGAGAGGCUCGAAUCACUUGUGGGGUUACCAAAAGUACACAAAAAUAUGGACAUACGUGGAUGCAUAUCAUUAAAAAAAAUAACAUAUCAAUCCUAUGGGUUUCAGAAUUUGACCGCUAAUAUGGAGAACUACAAUCUAGUUGACUGGGCGUAUUGUUACAAGUUAGAGCCUAUUGAUAGAGUUGAUGUGGAAAUGACCAAACUUUUGGGCUUGAGCAACUUGGGUUCCAUGCCAGCCAUUCGAAUGAAGAAACCAAACACAUUAGAGAAUAGAUGGAGUCCCGUCCAGGGAUUGUACCAAUAUGGUAUAUUUAGCACAUUUUUUGUUGGGAAUGAGGUUCCGGGCCAAUUCAGCCAUAAAAGUACGAUGUCCUCAAUAUCUUUUAUCAUGUCUUUGCUUCCAGAUCACAAAAUCCGAGGCCUGAACAUCUUUGCUACCUAUGCAAAGGAGAAGAAUUCUAAUAAUGGUUCUACUGACUCUGAUUCUGAUGUUGACAAAUGUUAUGAACUUGAUCCAAUAAUGAUCAAAGUGAGAAACAAGAGCAAGGGUCUAAUGUGGAUCUAUGGCCCAAUUCUCUAUGGUAUUCCAGGAGAGGGAGAAGAUAUCAUAUGGUUGAGCCAUUGGAAAAUGGAGAAUGAAUCAAUAUUACAAUGUGGAGAUGAAGUGCUUGUUUUAGUACUCAUGAGACCUAAUGUGUUUCAGCUCAAGGAGUACGGUGUCGAGCUUGUGCAAGAGCACCAAGACAAAAUGAGUACACAACACAACACCACUGCAGAUCUUCCUGAUUAUCCUUUUGUCAUCGGUGGAGAUUUGUCCAGGUGGGAAAUUUGUCCAGGAUUAUACUUACUAGGUAUCUCUAAAAAAAUUGCUGAAAGUAAAGAAAGCUUUGACUUCUCUUGGCGUAGUUGGUUGAAUCGCGUCAUCAUGGACUCUGAUGAAGACGACACAGAUACUGAAGAAGAGCAACAGGAUGAUAGCGCAAUUGUGGCGACCAGGGUUGCAGGCAGCAAUAACUCUGCCGGUGUAUAUUCAUCAGACAAUGAAGAAGAGAAACAGGAUGAAGAUACAGAUACAAAAGAAGAGCAACAAGAUGAUCAAACACUUGUAGCAACAAGGUCAGCAGGCAGCAAUAACUGCGGCGUUAAAGGGUGGAAGGUGCUCAUCACGGCCGCUGUCUUGUUAGUUCUCUUGUUUUUUAUGUGGUAUUUCUGCUCUCCAUUGGCGAAACAAUCGAGAGAAAAGUUCGUGGAGUUCACAGUCCCUACAUGACAAGGCCGGCCCUGAGGGUAGCCGGAGUAGGUGGUCGCCUAGUGCCCCCAAGUCCGGGGGCCCCAAAUUUUCUUAUACAUCCUGUAUAUAAAAUAUAAAUAAAGAAAAUGUAAGAAACAUCACAAUUAUUUCGUUGGUGUAGUGGAAACGGUUCCACUCUGUUUUCAUUGGGGUGGGCAUUUUGAAACACCUUGUAGGCAUUAGUUUUUGCUUUUUUCAAAUCUAUGAAAUUAAUGUCCCAA